AUGUACGGUGGCGGUAGUGACCGAUAUAACGAUUCUUCCUCACGUCGCGACUACGGUAGCAGUGGCGGCUCCCGUGGCGGUGGAGGCGGCGGGUACAGCGGCGGUUACGGAGGUGGUGGUGGCGGUUACGGCGGUGGUGGUGGCUACGGUGGGGGACGUGGAGGCGGUCGUGGAGGAGGCGGAGGCGGCUUUGGAGGAGGCGGAGGCGGCUUUGGAGGAGGCGCCGAUCUUGGCUCGAAUUUGGAUACACACAUUCAAUGGGAUUUGUCGAAGCUUCCAGUAUUCGAGAAGAACUUUUACUAUGAACAUCCAGACGUAACGAAGCGAUCGGAGGAUCAAUACGACAGCUGGAAACGAGAACACCAGAUCAUUGUGUCUGGUAAAGGUGUCCCUAAGUGUGUCAUGUCGUUUGAAGAAGCGUCGUUCCCUGAAUACGUGUUAGAAGAGGUGGUGCGUCUGGGUUUUGACAAGCCGACGCCGAUUCAAUGUCAAGGAUGGCCCAUGGCUCUUUCUGGACGUGAUAUGGUCGGUAUUUCCGCGACAGGAUCGGGCAAGACGCUGGCUUUUUUGCUACCUGCAAUUGUGCACAUUAACGCACAGCCUUACCUUCAGCCAGGAGAUGGUCCGAUUGUGCUGAUUAUUGCGCCAACACGUGAACUGGCAGUUCAGAUUCAAGCAGAAUGCAACAAGUUUGGUGCAAGUUCAAAGAUUAAGAACACGUGCGUGUACGGUGGUGUCCCUAAGGGUGGCCAGAUCGCUGAUCUUCGUCGUGGUGUGGAGAUCUGCAUUUGUACGCCUGGUCGAAUGAUUGAUAUGCUGAGCAUGGGCAAGACGAAUUUGCGCCGUGUGACUUACUUGGUGCUUGAUGAAGCUGAUCGCAUGCUUGAUAUGGGUUUUGAGCCACAGUUGCGCAAGAUCGUUAGCCAGAUCCGCCCUGAUCGUCAAACGUUGAUGUGGUCAGCGACGUGGCCAAAAGAAAUUGUUUCACUUUCGAACGACUUCUUGACGGACUUUAUUCAGGUGACAGUGGGAUCGCUGGAUCUUACUGCGAAUAAAAAGAUUAAGCAGAUUGUGGAAGUUAUGGACGACCACCAAAAGUAUUCUGCGUUGCAGGAGCAUCUGCGCAACGUCUACGAGGGCGGUCGUAUCAUCAUCUUUUGUGAGACGAAACGUGGUGCCGACGAGCUCAGCCGUAACCUUCGCGACACCCGCUAUGUGUGCAAGGCGAUCCACGGUAACAAAUCGCAGGAAGAGCGUGACUACGUAUUGCGCGAGUUCAAGGAAGGCAAGACUCAAAUUCUGGUUGCUACAGAUGUGGCAUCUCGCGGUCUGGAUAUCAAAGAUAUUCGCUAUGUGGUGAAUUUUGACAUGCCGAAAAACAUUGAGGACUACAUUCACCGUAUCGGUCGUACGGCACGCGCAGGCAACAAGGGUACGUCCAUUUCCUUCUUCACGGCUAGCAACAACGGAAGACUGGCUGGACCUCUGGUGAAGAUUAUGGAGGAGGCAGGACAAGAGGUGCCCCGUGAGCUGCGCGAUCUUGUGGGCCGUGGCGGUGGCGGUGGUGGUCGUGGCCGUGGUGGCUACGGUGGUGGCCGCGGUCGCUGGUAG